CUAAUAAUUAAAUCCAACCCAGAUAUUGAUGCCCCAAAACAACAAGGAAUUAAUAAUUCAGUGUUUUAGAGAGAGAGGGCACACAACACAAGAGAAGCUCUUCACAUCUAUGCAUCUAUCGCUUUUCAGUACUUAAUUUCUCAAAGAAAUUUGAUCCAGAUUGUUGUGCAAUAGUAGAAUCAUCACUACUGAUUUCUUCAAUUCAGGUAAGAAAUAUAAAGAAGAACACUUCAUAGAUCUUCUCUAAAUAUUAGUUAAUUUCUCAUUUUGUAAAUUUAGUUGGAUUUCAACCUGAAAGUGUUGAAAUUUCCAAUUUUUAGGUUUAGAAUCUAAGUAUGAGAAAAACCCAGAAAACUUAAAUGCUAGUAGAAUAUGUUGGGAUUAGGCGUAUGGGUUCUUUAAUUCACAUCUUUGAAUGAUUCUUGUGUUAAUUUGAAUUGAAAUGAGUCGUUCUCCGUCAUUCUCAUUAAAGCAAGAGCCAAAUUCUAAACUUGACCCUAAAAAUUUGAGACAAUGGGUUGUUGCCUUUUGUGCGAUUAGGUUUGAUCUUGAACAAGGUCAGGUUAUUGAGGAAUGUUAUCCACCUGGUUGCUUCAGUCAAGAUGAGGAACUAGAAAUUGCUUUUAGUUCUUUCCCUGAUUCUGUUUCUCAACAUCAAAAUCGUUCAAGUAUCCAUGAUUGUAUAUUCUUCUUUCGUUUUCGAAGACGAGAAAAUGUUCUAGUUGGUAAUAUCUCUUCUUCUGAGUCAGUUGAGGGAGGAGGAGGAGAAGAGAAAGAUGAUAUAACACAGAGAAAAUCAAGCAGUACACGUAAAAACACAGGUUCAAAAUAUCUGUAUGGUUAUGUAUUUAAUAGGCAGAGACAUGAUGAGAGAUUAAAGCGAGGUGGGGAACAGAAAUCUGUUGUAAUCUUAUCGCACAGUCCUUACUCAAGUGUGUUCAGGCCGGUCUUACAAAUCUUGGGUCCCUUAUUUUUUGACAUUGGUAAGAAAGCUCUAGAACAUAUGGCUUCUUAUGUUUCAAUGUGGCCUGCUCCGAUACUUGGCAAACUAAUGGAGCUUCCCAUAGGCAAUGCUUCAUUGAAAGUGAACCUUCCGCCUGCUCAUAGCUUGCAGUUGGAAAAUGGGUUAUUUUCCGAUGAGUCUGCCUCCUCAAUGGCUCCAUUUCUUCCUACAAAUCAGUCAGUUCCGCAGGGUUUGUUUCAUGAUGCAGAUCUUUUUGGUACAUUUAAGGGAAUUCUGUUGCAGCUCUGGGUCCUUUGGGAGCUUCUGAUUAUUGGAGAACCCAUUCUUAUAAUAGCACCGACCCCGCCCCAGUGUUGUGAAGCAGUUGCCGGUCUUGUUAGUUUAGUUGCUCCACUUUUAUGUAGUGUUGAUUUUCGACCUUAUUUUACUAUCCACGAUCGGGAUUUUGCCCAGCUUAAUUCACUUAGUGAAGGUGACACUUUCCCACCAAUGGUUCUUGGUGUGACCAACUUAUUCUUCCUCAAGGCUCUUAAAAAUAUCCCACACAUUGUUUCAGUUGGCAGUCCUGCUCCUAAUUCAAGUAGGCAAAGUCUGGCUCCUAGAGCUUCCUUUGCUGGCAGAAGUAUGGGUAGGCCAGAAGGCUUUGGAUUUCAGCAACUCUCAUUAAGAAGGUUUUCUCCGACAAAUUUAUUGAAUUCUGUGAAAUUACGAAGAGAUGGUCCUCUUUGUUUAAUGACAGAACACAAAGAGGCUAUUUGGAGCACCUAUGCUGCAGUAACCAAACCGGAUACGUCUAUCUUGAAUAGACUUAUUGAUGCAGGGGUUUCCUCCAGGGUUGAAGAGUCGAUGUCAGUUGUAAACAAUGAAAUAUUGCGGAGACAUUUCUUGGAGCUGACGACCAAUUUUCUUGCUCCUUUUGGUCCGUACUUGAGAACUACCACACCAAUCGAAGGAACUUCUCCUUUUGUUGACCCUCCUCCGUUACCUCCGUUUAAUGCUAAUGAAUUUCUCACGACCUUAUCAUCACGAGGUCCUGGGAAGUUCUUAUCCAAAAGGAUGAAGACUAACUGGUUGGAUCUAUACAGGCGCUUUCUAAAAGGGCAAAACUUCAUGCCAUGGUUCCAAAGAAGACGUCUUGUUGCUGAACAAGAACAGCAUAGACUAUGGAAGCAGGCCAGAAUAAGGACUGACAUAAAACGAUUUAUUCCGGGAAUGCUUGAAUUGGAGGUUGUUGAUUCUUUCAAUGCAAUUGAGAAACAUUUACUUGGAGAGUUACAGUUGCUACAGUGUGGAAAGGUCAGUGAAGACUCUGCAGCAGUAUGCCAAAAACUGAAGGGUGAUCUGCAAGCAGUAUUCAACGUGCUUCCUACAGAUAUGCAACAACUCUUACUGUUAAACCCUGAAAGGGCAUCACUUGUCCAAGACGACCUUGAAUUAUCAAAAAUUCCAGAAUCAAAGAGCAGUUGGUGGUAGUGGAAUCAAUUGGCUUUUAAUGGAAACGGGAUAGAGGAAAGGUCUCCUCCAAUGCCAAAGCUCGUGACUUGAUGUUAUCCUACAGUGUUGGUUGAACCUUUGGAUUUCAGAAUCUAAUCUCUUCCAAGGUACAGACGGGCUUCAUUUCUUUGACAGUUCCUCUUUCUGCUUUCUUCUCUUUGUCCCCAUAUGCACUGCUUUGGUGUUUUCUGUUCUUUCUGUGAUAGCAGAGACACUAGGAGUCAAGUCGCAGGAGUAACAAAUUAAACCUCUGACGUUCAACCAUCACACGUGGGGAUGUAUUUUGUAUUUAAUUAGGUCGGUAUGGGAAUGUUGACAAGUGAGUAAUGAUUCUUUGGGUAGCAAGGUUUUGAAAUUCUAGUGCUGUUCGUCUUUCCUAUUCUUAUGACAGUUUAAGAGAUGAUUUACCCUUGUACGAUGUGAAAUCAGUCUUCUUCCCUUCGUUUUACCAGUUAAGUGAACUUUUGGUGAAGUUUAGAGGGGUAACUACUCCCCAUGUAUCAGUUCCACUGAAGUUUAUUACCUAAAUGAGGUUGGAAGCUUCUUAUCAAUGCAUAGCUGCAGCAAGAGCAAAAAAUAUUAGCAGCCUCAUUUGCUUCUCUA